CACACUAUACAAUACUGCUUUUAUUUUCACUCACAGCUAAAACCUUCUUCUUCUACUACUCAUUUUCUCUCAUCUCUCAUAUUUUCCUUCCUCUCACUUUCUUUCUUCUCUACCAAUUUUCCAUUCCUUUUCUGUUAGAAAUUGAUAAUGUAAAUCCAGAGAAAAGGAAAAAAAGCUACUCUAAAUUUGGUUCAAAAUCUUUUGAGACAACCCAAAAAGUUUUCUUCCAUUCAAUGGCUUCUUCUGCACCUUUCUUCCUCCUCUUUCUCUUCAGCAUUUCCUUGCUUCUCACCUUCUCUUCCGCUGCGGAUCCAACAUUUGAGUUCAAGUUCGAGGUUUCUUACAUCACUGCAUCUCCUCUUGGAGUUCCUCAACAGGUCAUUGCUAUCAACAACGAGUUUCCAGGUCCUGUUAUCAAUGUAACCACAAACAACAACGUUGUUGUCAAUGUCCGGAACAAAUUGGAUGAGAGCCUCCUCCUUCAUUGGUCUGGGAUUCAGCAACGGAGGACUUCGUGGCAAGAUGGUGUUCUUGGCACAAAUUGUCCCAUUCCACCGAAAUGGAACUGGACUUACCAGUUUCAGGUCAAGGAUCAGAUUGGGAGCUUUUUCUACUUUCCUUCCCUGCAUUUUCAAAGAGCAGCUGGUGGGUUUGGGAGUUUCAUCAUUAACCCCCGUGCUGACAUUCCUAUCCCUUUUGAUUCGCCGUAUGGGGACAUUAUCGUUUUUAUUGGAGAUUGGUACACGCGCAAUCAUACGGAUCUGAGGAAGGAUCUGGAUGAUGGAAAAGAUCUUGGCAUGCCGGAUGGUGUUCUCAUUAACGGGAAAGGCCCUUAUAGAUAUAACGAUACGCUUGUUCCUGAUGGCAUCGAUUUUGAAAACAUUGAAGUCCAUCCUGGAAAAACCUACCGAGUUCGUGUACAUAAUGUUGGAGUAUCAACAAGUCUGAAUUUCCGGAUUCAGAACCAUAACUUACUUCUAGCAGAGACUGAGGGAUCUUAUACAGUGCAGCAGAACUACACUAGUUUAGAUGUUCAUGUUGGACAAUCUUAUACUUUUCUAGUAACCAUGGAUCAGAACGCAAGUACAGAUUACUACAUUGUAGCAAGUGCGAGGUUUGUAAAUGAAUCACGUUGGCAAAGAGUUACUGGAGUUGGUAUCUUGCACUAUACAAAUUCCAAGGGGAAGGCACGCGGUCCUUUGCCAGCUGCUCCAGAGGACCAAUUUGACAAAACUUACUCGAUGAACCAAGCAAGAUCUAUCAGAUGGAAUGUAUCAGCAAGUGGCGCUCGUCCAAACCCACAAGGGUCUUUCAGAUAUGGUUCCAUCAAUGUGACUGAGGUUUAUGUAUUGAAAAAUAAACCACGAGUGAAGAUUAAUGGGAAGAAGCGAGCAACGCUCAGCGGGAUCUCUUUUGUCAAUCCUUCCACUCCAAUCAGGCUAGCUGACCAAUUCAAAUUAAAAGACAUAUACAAGCUUGAUUUCCCAACUAGGCCUCUUACUGGUUCACCUCGAGCAGAAACAUCAGUAAUUAAUGGAAGUUAUAGAGGAUUCAUAGAAAUUAUACUGCAGAACAACGACACCAGGAUGCAUACCUACCACUUGGAUGGAUAUGCAUUUUUUGUUGUGGGGAUGGACUACGGUGACUGGUCUGAUAAUAGCAGGGGAACAUAUAACAAAUGGGAUGGAAUAGCUCGCGCUACAACACAGGUCUAUCCUGGAGCAUGGACAGCAAUUUUGGUCUCCCUCGACAACGUUGGAAUUUGGAAUCUGAGAACCGAAAACCUCGACUCGUGGUAUCUUGGUCAAGAAACAUACAUCAGGGUUGUCAACCCAGAGCCUAAUAACAAGACAGAGCUGCCCAUUCCAGACAAUGCACUUUUCUGUGGUGCCCUUAGUAAAAAGCAAAAGCCUCAGGAUGUUUCUUCUUCUGGUUCUUCAAUCAAUGGGAAUAUACUGAAGCUGUUCUUCACUUGGGUGAUGUUUGUAUGCACCACAAUCACCAUUAUCCAGUAGAAGCACGUUCUGGGUCCAUCCAUCUCUCUUAAUUUGUUGCUUGGUGAAUUCUUAAUUUUGUAAGUCUUGUUUAUAUUAAUCCUGCAGUGAUUUUGACUUGUAUUCUUCCCUAUUAGCUCAGUGGUUGUUGUUCCCGGUUUAAUUGGAUUGGGACAUGUAAUUCUUUUAAUGCCUAUAUUUAUUUAUGUAGUGAUGACAAUUGCAUUCUA